AUGGCUGAUUGCUGCUGUGUACUUUGGGCGAAAAAUAUCGAAAAUAUAUUGAUAGAUGGCAGUGCAUUGGAAGAAUUUAAAUUGUGGAUAAAAAGCGAACCAAAUCAAUCAAAAGAUCCACUCGAUUUUUAUUUUGCCGUCAAAGCAUUUAAAGAUUUGGUACAAUCAGAAGACUUAAAAUCAGCAGAAAUAGCUUGCAGAAUUCAUCGUCGAUAUAUAAGGUCUUCUUUGUAG